GCUGGCUAUUUUUUUUUAUUUGUUUUGCUUUUCUUUUCUUUCCUUUUUUUUGACAACUCAUUUUGACAGGCAACUCAUACAGAGAGCUUAAUUCAGAGUUCGGCCGAGCCUCGAAAGCACUCUCGAUCAGCGGCCAACAUUCAGUUGUAUUUUCACAGCGAACGCGUGCGUGCGUACGUUAGGUGGCGCUGUGUCAAAACGAGUAACAAACCAAACAACCAACAACAAAAACAAGAUCACAACGAGUGUGCGACAAAUGUUAGUGCGAUAAGGGCUAACCCAAAGAAAUUCUCUCGAUUGGAAUAAAUUUUUUGUUUUCUUCUUCAACGCUUCUAAGUGAUAAUCAAUUAUAAAGUGAAAUAAAAAACCAAUAUAAAUAAAGUGAAUCUUUAUGUGUAAAAUCAAAAACUGGUUCUUUUACGCAGAUUUUGUUGCCACCAUUUUACUUGCAGAUGAAAUUUAGUAUUGUUGUUUUAAUAUGAAAUUACAGAGAAUUGUAUAAGCAAUACAAAAAUUAAGGUCAUUAAGCUACAUGACAAAAAAAAAUUCAUUUUUUCUUAUAAGAAAGAAAGAGGCAACAUAAUAUGUAAAACAAAACGACAAGCCAACCUGCUCUUUAAGUUAUUUAGUGAAAGUGCCAAAGUUCCCAUUAAGUGUUUUUGUUGCCGUUUUAGUUUUUUUGAGUACAACUUAUGCAGGCGUUUGCUGAAACAAGUGUUUUUUUUUUUUUGAAACAAGAAAUUUUUUUAUGAUAUGACAACGCCAAGCAACGAAAAACAAAAAAUCAACGAAAGUACACAAGCAUAAAUUGCAAAACAGCAAAAAAAUCCAUUGAAACGUUUUGGCUUAUACUUUUCGCAAAAAAAAAAAAAAAAAAUAAAAACCCACAAAAUUAACAACAUUGAAAAAUUUCUUUUGGAAAACAACCUUAGCCAUGUGAAAAUGUUAGCAAUUUUCAUAUUGCCCAAAUUUAUAUGAGUGUUAUGCUGCCUGAGAAAAUGUCUCUAUGUGCUUAUCCCCAAGUCAGAAUCUAUGAAGACUUUGAUAAAAUGAGUGCCAAAGAAGUCUAUUACAAUGAGGCCGGUAAAAAGAUAACCGUUAAGCUAUUGCAUUUUCCCGAAGUACCACCCGAAGAGAUCAACAAUAUGAAAUUCGACGAUGAAGAACAAAAACAAAUGGAGAUUAUCAAUGGCAAUAAGCCGACUGUGGACACUCCGCCUCCACCUCCCAUUCCUCCCAUCAAGACACCCAGAAAAUCCAAAAAAUCUAAAAACAAAGCUUCUCUCAAAAAUAAAGAGGAAAAAGAAGAAGAGGAUCUAAGCAAUGAAACCCCUGUUGAGGAGGAGGAUGAAGACGAGGGCGAAAAAGAAGCCGAUGAGGCCGAGGCACCUGAAAUCGUAAUCAAACACCCACCAUCGCCUCUACCCUCCAAGAAGACCUUGCGCAAAAAGACCUCCAAUAGCUCUUUGCAUGGACGCAAAGUUAGCAUGGCUUUUGCUCAGGCUCAUGGCAUGCCCAUAGUGGCCUCUACAGCUCCCUCAAAUACGGGGGCAAUACCCAAAACGCCUCCACCCACACCCACCAUUAUGAUACCGCCCAAAAGUUUAUUUGAGUCUAGUGAAACCAUAGCCUCUUUGCGUAAACACUCUUUGCUGAAUCGUCGUUCGCCCUCCCCGCAUGGUGCAAAUAACUUGUGUCCUGGUUAUGCCCAAUAUUCGCGUUCAUUUCUGGAGGUGCCGCUGCCCCGAGAUUAUGGCUAUGCCUCGAGUGAUGAUUUAAGUUCAGAAUGGGAUUCAGAUGUACAAACGCCCAGCAAUCAAGUGAAAAAGCCUUCUGGUUGGCGCAAGAUACGCAACAUUGUACAAUGGACGCCUUUCUUCCAAACGUACAAGAAACAACGUUAUCCCUGGGUCCAAUUGGCCGGCCAUCAGGGAAAUUUCAAAGCUGGUACCGAACAGGGUACUGUGCUUAAGAAAUUAUGUCCAAAGGAGGAGGAUUGCUUUCAUAUACUAAUGAAAGAUGUCUUGAGGCCAUAUGUGCCGGAGUACAAAGGCCAGGUGACCAGUGAGGAUGGAGAACUUUAUCUUCAGUUGCAAGAUCUACUCAGUGACUUCUAUCAACCCUGUGUCAUGGAUUGCAAGAUUGGAGUGCGCACUUACCUCGAAGAGGAGCUAUCCAAGGCCAAGGAGAAACCUAAAUUACGCAAGGAUAUGUAUGAGAAAAUGAUACAGAUCGAUCCUAAUGCACCCAGCGAAGAUGAGCACAAGGCCAAGGGUGUGACAAAACCACGCUAUAUGGUAUGGAGAGAGACCAUCUCUAGUACGGCCACCUUGGGAUUUCGCAUAGAAGGUAUCAAGAAAAGUGAUGGCACCAGCACUAAAGAUUUUAAAACAACAAAAUCUCGUGAGCAAAUAAAAUCAGCUUUUCGUGAAUUCAUCAGUGGGUUUCCACAUGCUAUGGCCCGCUAUCUACAACGUUUACGUGCUAUCCGUGCCACCUUGGAAUGCUCCGACUUCUUUCGCAGUCAUGAGGUCAUUGGCAGCUCCCUACUCUUUGUCCAUGAUCGCAAACAGGCCAAUGUUUGGCUUAUAGACUUUGCAAAAACCGUACAUUUGCCCGAAAAUCAUUUCAUCAAUCACAGCAGCACCUGGAAGGUGGGCAAUCAUGAGGAUGGCUAUUUGAUAGGCAUUAAUAAUCUCAUAGACAUCUAUUCGGAACUGGAAAUGGAGAUAAACACCACCUCAGAGACAUCCAAUUCGAAUUCGUUGUCACCUUCCUCGGCCUCUUCGUCGGCAUCAAUAUCGCCAAAACGUUCCAUUAGUGAAACGAAUAUGGAAGAAAGUGCUAAAGAAGAUAAAGAGACAACGGAAGUCAAAGCCGAAACUGAAAAAGCACAGCGUUGUGAUGAUAAUACAAAUAAAUUAACAGCAACAAAACAAGAGCAAGGCGAUUCUUUAGAACAGCAAGAUGAAAAAUCAACUGAUGACAAUAGUAGGCAAGAGGAAAAUAAUUAACUGAAAUCCCGACGAAAACUUGUAACUGUUUUUUUCUUGCAGUUUAGCUGUAGUUUAGCUAUGUUUUUUUUUGACUCUUAAUACACCUGAAAGCAGAAAUCUAGAGCCCAGAUAUGCAUAUAACCUAUUUAUAUACAUACAAACAUACAUACAUACAUUUAUCUUAAAACAAUUCUAAGCACUUCUUGAAGACUGAAAUGUAAUAAUUUAUUUUUUUAAUACUAUUACAUUACCAUAAUAAUAAUAGCAGUAAUAAUAAUUAUAAUAAUAUCUUUAAAAUUACUUAGCAAUAUUUUUAAUGCUGUUUAAAAAGAAAUUUCUUCUUUUUUUAAACAAAUCAUAGCUACUCACCACAUAAUCCCUUGUUUCAAGUAAAUAGUAGAUAGCGAAAUACAUAGUUGUGUUCCAUAAUAUGCAAUUAAUAUUAAUAUAUAAAUUUAAUAAUUAUUUUUAAAUAAUAAAUUAUACCAGCAUUUUUUUCAGAUUUAUUUAAAUU